AUGCAAGAUAUAAAUGAUAAUGAUGAUGAACUUGAUCUCAAUGAAGAACUUAUGGCAAGAAGUAUAUUUACGAAAAUCGGAAAAGCUAUUAAGAAUUAUUUUAAAAGUACUGCAGCACGUGAAGAAGAACUUCGUGAAUGCAAGAGAAAAUGCAGUGUUAAUCACUGCAAAAUUCUUCCAGGUGGUGCUGAUUGUGGUAGAGAUAAAAAAGGAUACGACAAUUGUAUAAACAAAUGUUAUCAUCCUUAA